CCGAUCUCCGCUCCCCUUCUUGGUCGGGCUCCACUUCCUCCAUCGUCCCAUGGCCCGUGGCGCAGCACGGCACGCCAUCCGCGUGGCGCAUCCCAGCUUCGGCGAGCGGGAAGUCGCGCUGGAGCCUGGGCCGCUGCAGGAGCAGCUGGCGAGUCUUUGCGAGGCGAGCGGCAUCGCAUACGAUGAAGAUGAAGACUUGAAGGUCUUGGUGACGGACUGGGACGUGGUGCUCGGCCACGCGGACGACUUCGAGGCUCUCCCAAGGAGACCUCCCUAUCGCCUUGUGGCUGCCGUGGACCUGGCCGAAGCGCAGCUCCAGGGCGUGGAAGCGUCGUCGCGCAAGGCGUCGAGCAAGGCUCUGAAGGUGCUGCUGCAAAGCAUUCACGGCAACGAGAGCUUCGCCCAGGAGGUCAUUGCGCAAGCUGGAAUUCCAUUGCUGCUGCAGGCCUUGGCCGCCAGUGCCCCGGACCAGCUGGACCUGGAGACGGCCACAGCGGCGCCCUGGGAGUUGGCCGCGACCGCGGUGGCGGAGCUGCUGCACUAUGAGAGUGGCGCCUACUUCUGUGAGGAGAACGCAGAGGAAGUCUUCAGCGAGGAGACCUUCACAGUCCUCAUGAAGCUGGCAUACAGCGGCGCAAAGGCUUGCUCAGCGCUGCUCAUUCUACUGCUGCUGACACAACCUGCUGCCACCCUUGGCUGUUUGAAGACGCAGCUGAAGCCUUUGCUGCAAAUUUGCGCGAAGGAGGAGUCGCCACAGGAAGCCACGAUGCUCUUAAAGGUCAUCCAAGAUGCCGUGCAAGAGCUCAAAGCUGCCAAGGAAGAGGAUCUCCUGCGAGACCUCGAGGAGGCGCUCGUGCCGGAGACUCAUGACCAGGCCCAGGUCCUAGAGGAAAAAUUGGGACCACGGAUGCUUCAGCCCUUGGUGGAGGACCUGCUCUCAGCCUCCCUCAGCUCCGCCUGUCACCAGUUGCAGCGUGACGCCUUUGCCGAGCAGAACCUCAGCUUGAAGGCGCAAGCGCGGCAGAGGACGCAGGAGGACUUGACGGUGGAGCGCUUGACCGAGCAGAUCCGGCGCUUGGACAAGGCCAUGACGAAGAUGUUGGACUUCAUCGAGCUGGAGAAUCAUCGUCCGAUGGAACUGUGGCUCCAGGACCUGGUGCGGAAGGGCUUCAGUGCCAUGCCAGCUUGGCCUCACGGGCAGACCCCAUUGCACUACUUCGCCCAGUUCAUGGAGGAUGAAAGGCUCGCCGAGCUCUUGAUCGCCUUGGGGUGUCCGCUGCUUGGUUGCGACCAACAAGGCUUCACGCCGGCGCAGCGGGCCACGCAGCGGGGGCGCCAUGACUUGACGUUCUUGUUGCAGGCGGAAGGCCCCGGUGAGGCCUCUGCGAGCGUUCUCAGCUUCAUCCAGCUCAGCGACGAUGAUCGGCCGGAGGAGGCGCAGUUGAGGGCCCUGGCGAAGAAGUGUCAGGGCUACUUGCACAAGUACCCCAGUUCAGGCCAGCGCUUCCUUUGGACCACCAUGCAGAAGCGUUACUUUGCCAUCCGCUCCAACCGCAAGGCGAAGGGCGGCCGGGCCACCCUCUGCUGGGAACUGGGCUAUUGGGAGAGCUUCGAAGCCUUUGAGGAUCCAGAUGUGGAGCCCAAGAACUCCUUGGACUUGUCGGACGUCCUGACCGUGAGCCAAGCGCCACCGGCGGACGCGGGAGUGCAGAUCUGCUAUCGAAAGGAUGGCAACAAGCAGGAGCUGCUGGCAGUGGCCAAGGAUUCCAAGCAGAUCCCCUCGUCCAGCGAGGCGGAGCUGUGGUGCCAACACCUGCGGAGCUUUGUGGAUUUCUUGAAGGAGACCAAGCAGGAGAAGCGGCGACUUCGCCCGAAGCUUCCGAAGGUCGAUCCCUUUGCGGAUGCCGACCCCGGCCAGUGUAUGGAUGUGGGCUCCUUCUUGGGCUUAACGGGUCCGAUGCCGGACCUGCCGGAGCCUCGCCGAUCCCACGAGCCGGAGCCGCCCCAGCUCGGGUCGGAGAAGGUCAACAAGAAGAGUAUGCGAAAGACACGCACCGGCGUGCCGUCUGGCCGGCGCUCGCGGGUGGUGAGCCACUGGCAUGAGGAUGACAGCGAGAGCGACAGUGGCGCGGAGCACAGGGCGUCCAGGGCGUCGGCCCGGGCGUCGGCGGCGUUGGCGCGGUGGCCCGAGCCACAGGAGUUCCGGAUUGGAAGCUUCAGCGCGGAGUCCGCAGCUGCGGAGUCCCGGCGUGCCUCCAUCGAAGACAUGUACAGCUUCGCAUUAGAGAAACUGGCGGUUCUGGGUCAAUCUGUCCGAAGAUCCUUGUCUCGAUCUCGCUCCUGGAGAUCGGCAGGGUCCCGAUCACUCAGCGAGGGCGCGGGCGAAGUUCCUUCAGCUGUUCCUUCGCUCGUCGAGUGGCUGGAGGAUGAAGGCAAUCAGAGGAGGAUGCCUGAUUUGGACAGAGGAAGCGCUGGCAGCAGACAAGCUUUGGUUGGUGGAACUCAGCUGGAAAUAGACUUAUCACCAGAUCCAGAUGUCAGCAGUGCUAGUAGCAAGGGUCCAAAGGAAACGACUUCCUCUCUGAGGGAGGACGGCAGAAGGGGAAACAUGAUCUCCGCUUCAGAGGACUUGGAUCCGGUCGGUCCACUGGAAGCGGAACACCGAGUAGGAGCUGCACUGGAAGCGCUUGCUGAAGGCGCUUCGGCCACAGGUCCGGGCAGCAAAGGCCCUGCGGUGCCCGGCAAAGGUGGAACAUCAGCAGAGGAAGCUGGGAAGGCUGACGACACACCUGCCAGCACUGCCCCGAAAGCUGGCAAAGGCCUCCCCAAACCAACCAAAGAUGGAGAUGCCGCAUCUGAGGAUGAAGGAGAAGCAGCUACAGCAGGAGAAGCAGCAGCUGCAGAAGACGUUAAUGCUAGCCACAGCAGCCUGACUGGCAAAGGUCCAGCGAAGGGCAAGAGCAAAGGCCCCCCGCCACCCACAGGUGGACAAGUCGCCGCAGAAGGUGGAGGAGAAGCAGCUACAGCAGAAGGAGGAGCUGCAGAAGAUGUUAAUGCUGGCCCCAGAAGCCCGACUGGCAAAGGUCCAGCAAAGGGCAAGAGCAAAGGCCCCCCGCCACCCAAAGGUGGACAAGUCGCCACAGAAGCUGGAGGAGAAGCAGCUACAGCAGAAGGAGGAGCUGCAGAAGAUGUUAAUGCUGGCCCCAGCAGCCCGGCUGGCAAAGGUCCAGCGAAGGGCAAGAGCAAAGGCCCCCCGCCACCCACAGGUGGACAAGUCGCCACAGAAGGUGGAGGAGAAGCAGCUACAGCAGAAGCAGGAGCUGCAGAAGAUGUUAACGCUGGCCCCAGAAGCCCGGCUGGCAAAGGUCCAGCGAAGGGCAAGAGCAAAGGCCCCGCGCCACCCAAAGGUGGACAAGUCGCCACAGAAGCUGGAGGAGAAGCAGCUACAGCAGAAGGAGGAGCUGCAGAAGAUGUUAACGCUGGCCCCAGAAGCCCGGCUGGCAAAGGUCCAGCGAAGGGCAAGAACAAAGGCCCCCGGCCACCCACAGGUGGACAAGUCGCUACAGAAGGUGGAGGAGAAGCAGCUACAGCAGAAGCAGGAGCUGCAGAAGAUGUUAACGCUGGCCCCAGCAGCCCGACUGGCAAAGGUCCAGCAAAGGGCAAGAGCAAAGGCCCCCCGCCACCCAGCAAAAGUGGAACAUCAGCCACAGAGGAAGCAGGGAAGGCUGCCGACGAUUCGCCUACCACCAGUCCUGCCCUGCCAGCUGGAAAAGGUCCAGCAAAGGGCAAGAGCAAAGGCCCCCCGCCGCCCAGCAAAGGUAUUGACAGCAGUACUCCUCCUGAACCUGAGGCUGGCAAAGUGGGGAAGGGGCCUGCCAAAGGCAAAGGGCCUGCUGGCAAGGGAAAAGGCAAAGGCAAGGGAAAGGAGGAGCUGAAGUUAAGGAAGCCGAAGAUCAAGCCAUCGCAGAACAUGAAGCAGCUUUGGUGGACCCGGUUCUUGCUGGGGAAGCACCUCAAGGAGGGUGAAACCAUCUGGGACCUACCAGGGGAGGAGGAGAUCCAGCUGCAGAUCCACGUCAUCGAGAACCGCUUCGGCCGCGGCUCCACGUCCCACCCCGCCGAGGAAAAGACCACGGCCAAAAAAGAGAAGGAGACGCUGAAGGCGAUCCGGAUCAUCACAGAUCCCAACUUGAUCGUUGGCAAGGAAGCGGCCCUCCGGAACCUGCCUUCUGCACAGAGCGUGGCCACGGCGCUCUCGAAGCUGGACGCCUUGGUGCUUUGUCCUUCGCACCUGGCCGUGAUCAAAGAGCAUGCUUGUCCUCAGCCAGCCCAGGUGGCACAGCUGGAGGAAUCGAUUCGGGAAAACCCGGGCGUUCCGCUGGCCUUACCCGAGGAGUACAUGUGGCAGAUCAGCCGAAUUCCAGCCUAUCAGGCUCGGGUCUCCUGUUGGAACUUCCUCAUCAGCUACAAGGAGACAGUGACCUCAUGCGGCUCCAUGUUUAGCGAGUUCGGGAAGAUCCAGCGGGCGGUGCGGAAGUCGCAGAUGCUGCAGAAGCUCCUCGCACUGAUCCUGGAGGUCGGCAACUACUUGAACGGUGGCACCGAACGUGGACAGGCGGAUGGCUUUGACCUGGAGACCUUGGGAAAGUUGGAUUCCGUGAAGGACAACGUCGCUCAGUCUCGGGACGCUCGACACUUGAUCUUCGAAAUGUUCUUCUGCGGCGCCCAGGAGUUCGGCCAACUCGCCAAGGAGGACCACCUGCGCUUCUACGACCGCGGCGAACAGCUGUUGGAGGAGCUUGGCCCCUUGAUGAAGAGCGUGAGCCGUGCGGUGCAACGCGACUCCGAGGGAACCUUGAAGAUGAUGAAGAACGUCAGGGUCGGCUUGGAAGAGGCAGAGGAAAGCCUACGGGAGCUGAACCAACAGCUGACGGAGCAGCUGGAGGCGCUGCAGAUGGCGCUGGAACUCACCGAUGACCCGGCGGAUCCCUUGAAGCUGCACAUGGCGGUGGAGCUGUCAACGGCCAAAGCGGAGAUCAAAGCCUUGGAAGAGCAGGGCACCACGUGUCGAGAAGACUAUGGGAAGCUCAUGAAGUUCUUCAAUCACACGGGUAUGAAGAGUAGCGACUUCAUCUUGCUCUGGGACAAUCUCCUCAUUCCGGAGGACCUGAUGCUUGCUAUCCCGCUUUCCACGCUGAAGAAGUACAUCUUCCCACGCUUCUGCGCGCCCUCGGUGAUUCCCAACUUGCACGACCUGCUGCUUCUUUGGGGCUUCCGGGCCGCCGAGCAGAAACCACCACGCAAGAGCCAAAGGGUACGCCGCAAGCGCCGAGACCGCGUGCCUACCCCGGCCACCGAUGUCAUGGCGGUGGUCACCGUGCACCGCUUCGGCGCCAAAUGGCUGGGCGCCGCCCGCAGGAAGCGCACCUUGACGUAAGCUGCGCACCUUGACGUAAGCUGCGCUCCGCCCUCUGCCGCUCCCUCUCCCGCUCGGUGAGAUGAUGUGCCCCCGCUGGAGACAGCAGCUUUGUCUGAGACAGCGGCGAAUGCCGGAUUUGCCCAGAAUGCGUUGGCUCUUUCGCAUGCGUUUGAGGCCAAAAGAAGAUGGGUCAAGCAGUUCAGUUCGGCAUUCACGAUCCGGGACUUGAAUGAUCAACUCCAGUCUGAGGUCAGGAACUCCUGACCUGCAAAAAGGGGAGGGACAAAUGUGGUUCAAUCUGUCCACCGCACUGUGCAACACUCAGAAGG